GCAGCACAGGUACAAUAAGAAACUUUCGAUUGUCAUGGUUACCUGGUAUUCACAUGUAGUUCGCAUAGUAUGAUGGUAAAACGCUGCUGAUUGACUACGGGUGAAAGGAGAUAUAAUAAUACAGUGUUGUCAGUUUGAGAAUAUACCUUCGAAACCAACAACUCUUGAACAACUUCUUUGCAGUUUAGCCUACUCCACUUCACUUCUCCCCAACGACGCCAAGAUGCCGCAUCUUAACGGAAACGGAAUAGCCAACGGCCAUGGCAUCGAUCACCGCAACCUGCCCAGCAUUUUCACACCACAGCGCAAAUUGAGCGUGGUUUGCAUUGGUGCUGGCGCCUCGGGGCUGCUGUUGGCAUACAAGCUGCAACGACACUUUGAUGACUUCGACCUUAAGGUUUUUGAGAAAAAUCCAGAAAUUUCGGGCACAUGGUUUGAAAACAGUUAUCCCGGCUGCGCAUGCGACGUCCCGUCCCAUUGCUACACCUGGUCUUUCGAGCCCAAGACGGACUGGUCCGCCAACUACGCGGGUUCCAAGGAGAUUUUCCAGUAUUUUAAGGACUUCUCCACCAAGUACGGUCUGGAGCAGUACGUCAAGCUUGAGCAUGAGGUUAUCGGCGCGAUCUGGGAUGCGAAGGUGAGCAAGUGGCAUGUGCAGACGAAAGACUUGCGGACGGGGCGUGUGAGCACUGACUCGGCGCAUGUGCUGAUCAAUGCGGGUGGGAUCCUGAAUGCGUGGAGAUACCCUCCAAUUCCGGGUAUUGAGACGUUCAAGGGGGAGCUGGUGCAUUCCGCCGCUUGGCCGGAGGAUCUUGAUCUCAAGGGGAAAGUGGUCGGACUUAUUGGGAAUGGAUCGUCCGGUAUCCAAAUUCUGCCUGCAAUCAAGGGCGAGGUCAAGGAGCUCAAGACCUUCAUCCGCGAGGCCACGUGGGUUGCUCCGCCCGUGGGAGAGGGGUUCAAAGCCUUCUCGCCCGAGGAACAGCAAAGGUUCGCCGAGGAUCCAGAGUACCAUCUCGCGGAGCGCCGGAAAAUCGAGGCGCGCAUGAACAGCAGCUUCGCGAUCUUCCACUCUGAGUCUCAGCCUCAGAAGGACACGCGCCAGUAUAUGAAGGGCCUGAUGGAGGAGAGACUGCAAGAUGAGAAGCUCUCCAAGCUACUAAUUCCGGAAUGGUCGGUCGGCUGUCGACGAUUGACGCCGGGCACGAAUUAUCUCGAGUCGCUGAGCGAUGAUAAUGUCAAGGUCGUCUAUGGAGAGAUCACACAGAUCACGGAGACGGGAGUGAUUUGUGAUGAUGGUGCUGGAGAGCACUCAGUCGAGGUGCUGAUUUGUGCGACUGGCUUUGACACUACGUUCAAGCCCCGCUUCCCCUUGAUCGGAUCGACUGGAGAACAGUUGAGCACGCUUUGGAAGGACGACCCGAAAGCAUAUUUUGGUAUUGCAGCUGACAAGUUCCCGAAUUAUUUCUUUACACUUGGCCCCAACUGCCCAAUUGGAAAUGGACCAGUGCUCAUCUCCAUCGAGGCCGAAAUCGAGUAUAUCAUCCAGAUGCUCUCAAAGUUCCAAAAGGAGAACCUUGACUCGUUUGAGGUCAAGACGGAAUCAGUGGAUCAGUUCAACGAGUGGAAAGACGAGUUCAUGAAAGACACUAUCUGGACCGAGGAAUGCCGCUCGUGGUACAAAGCAGGCAACAGCCUCGGAAAAGUUCUGGCCCUCUGGCCAGGCAGCACCCUGCAUUACUUGGAAACGAUCAAGAGCCCACGCUGGGAGGACUGGACCUACAAGUAUCCAGCCGGCAAAAACAAAUACAUAUACCUGGGUAAUGGCCACAGCGCAGCCGAAGUUCAGCAGAGCGACCUCAGCUUCUACAUCAGAAACAAGGACGACUCGCCGGUUGAUCCGGUGUUGAAGAAGCCGGCGGUAAAGGCCAAGAUUGAGGCGGUGCAGGGCGCAAUUCCAGGAGUGGUCACGUCUGAAGCCUCGGGGCACUUUGGGGGAGUGGAGGCUCGCUUCCCUAUAGGAGUAUCUAGCAAAGUCGCAAGUUGAUUGAGGAGCUCGCGGAAGCCAUCGCGUAUCAUAUUCAGCGUUUCCUACUGCAAUUCAAGCCCUUUGUAUUGAUUGCGGCUCAGACCUUUUAAGAUGUUCAAUAUUCCGCGCGGCUAGUCCUGGCUCGGCAGAUGAGGAGUUGACUGUAACGGUGGAGAAUUGCUAAGAAUCCG